AGACCAAUGGAUGCAACCGAUGGACAGUGAGAUCCGGGCGAUGAUUACCGACACAAUCAGUGUUGACAACACAUCGUAUGACAUAAACACUCAGUUUGUUAAGCAUUUUCUGAGCGCUAAAUACAGGGCCAGCGGUUAUGACAACCACUUCAAUACAAUGGCACAGUUGACGGCCAAACAGUUGAUAAAUGAACAGUUAAAUAAUACGUCGACCGAACAAUCAUUGACUACAUCUAGCGAUUAUGAAAACAUUAAUAGUGACCAAGUAGAUAAACCAUAUGUGUUUGAGUUUAGUACUGGCACUGAAUACAUAGUAGAGCCGUCACAAUGUCUAAUAGUAGAAGUACAGGAUGACCAACCCGUUAAGACUCACGAUUACCAAACAAUUGAAGCAUCGAUUGUCAGCAAUGAUGGUCAACAGCACCCGCCAGCCCAACAUAUGGCCGAAGCACAGGUCGAGUCAAUCAUACAGUGUUUGAUGGAUAGACUGGAACCGGUGAUAGACAUUGAGACCCAUCACAGGACCAACCAUUUGCACAAAGAGUUUCUAUUAGAUGGUCAGUGUUUGGGCGCCGGACUCUCGGGACUUGUAGUCCGGGCCACCAGACGGACAGACGGUACCGAAAAUGCCGUUAAAAUGCAUUUUAUUGUCGGCAAAGAGGACACAGAGGACGGGUUGUUACGGGAGUAUCACUGGCGGCGCCGGGAGAUCGACUUGUGGUCGGGUGUGUCGUACGGACAGUGCGUCCAGUAUUACGACUCGUGGGUCGAGAGGGACGAAGAGUGUCGGCAACGGUUCACGCGUUACCUAAACACCCAAAGACCGGACAUUCAACGCCUGUUCGCACAUCAGUUCGCGUUCGCAAACUUU